AUGCACUCCAAUAAGGUUUUUACAGUCUUUUCCCUCAGUCUUCUGCUUCUGGCAGUUUUUGCUGAAGACAAACCAAAUGCUGACAAAGCUGAUGAUCUAAAAGCUGAAGCUACAGGAUAUGGUGGAGGUGGAUAUGGCGGAGGUGGCUAUGGCGGAGGUGGAUAUGGUGGAGGUGGAUUCGGAGGUGGAUAUGGUGGAGGAUAUGGUGGUGGAGGAGGGGUCCUUCUUGCUAUCCCUAUUAGCGUGGCUAGCGUUGGAGUAGGAGGAGGAUUUGGUGGUUUUGGUGGAAGGGGUGGAUUUGGAGGUUUUGGAGGACGGGGAGGAUACGGUGGUGGAGGUGCUUUUGCUGAAGACAAACCAAAUGCAGACAAAGCUGAUGAACUAAAAGCUGAAGCUACAGGAUAUGGUGGAGGUGGAUAUGGCGGAGGCUGCUAUGGAGGAGGUGGAUAUGGUGGAGGCGGCUAUGGACGGGGAGGAUACGGUGGUGGAGGCCAUAUUGGAUAUGGAGGUGGUGGUGGAGGAAUUGGUUUUGGAGGAUAUGGAGGCGGUGGUGGUGGAGGAAUCGGUUUCGGCGGUUUUGGGGGUGGUGGAGGAAUCGGAGGUGGUGGUGGAGGAAUUGGUUUUGGAGGAUAUGGAGGCGGUGGUGGUGGAGGAAUCGGUUUCGGCGGUUUUGGGGGUGGUGGAGGAAUCGGUCUCGGCGGAUAUGGUGGUGGAAACGUUGGAGGACUCGGAGGUGGAUAUGGAGGUGUAGGAGUCGGUGGUUAUGGUGGAUUCAGUGGACUUGGUGGGUAUGGUGGAGGUGGAGGACUUGGUGGUUAUAGUGGAUUGAGUGGACUUGGUGGCUACGGUGGAUUUGGGGGACUCGGUGGUUAUGGUGGAGGAGGAGGACUUGGUGGUUAUGGUGGAGGUGGAGGCCUUGGUGGUUAUGGUGGAGGUUACGGUCAUAAAAUAUACUACAAGCGAUGUCUUCUGGUAUUGACAGUUUGGGCUGAUGAAAGUAACCAGGCUGUAGAGACGGGAGAUCUAGAAGCCGAAGCUACAGGCCAUAUUGGAUAUGGAGGUGGUGGUGGAGGAAUUGGUUUUGGAGGAUAUGGAGGCGGUGGUGGUGGAGGAAUCGGUCUCGGCGGCUUUGGUGGUGGUGGAAUCGGUGGUGGAAACGUUGGAGGACUUGGAGGUGGAUAUGGAGGUGGUGGAGCAGUAACACUUCUUGCUAUUCCAAUUAGUGCUGCUCGCGCUCGUGUAGUAGGAGUCGGUGGUUAUGGUGGAUUAAGUGGACUUGGUGGCUACGGUGGAUUUGGGGGACUCGGUGGUUAUGGUGGAGGAGGAGGACUUGGUGUUUAUGGUGGAGGUGGAGGCCUUGGUGGUUAUGGUGGAGGUGGAGGUUACGGUCAUAAAAUAUACUACAAGCGAUGGUAA